AUGGACAUCGACGAGAAUUCGGUGAUCGACCCGUCAACGGUGCCCAUCAUUCCCACGAUUCCCGUCCACAAGCGCCCAAAACCGAUCCCGAUGGUUCUCCCGAAACACGAAGGAAAGACGAUUCCCCUUCACUGGCGUCCCCUUGUCGUCCCAGAUGCCACCCGGAAAGCCAUUCUCCGACACAUCGCCUUCAAGAAUGCUCAAUUCAAAGAUAAAGUGGAAAAGACUGAGCAACGGAAACGAAGAAAAAUCGAGAUUCAACAAGAGAAAAUCGAGGCAGCAAAGGAAUUGGUGGUGAUCUAUAAAGAGUUAUCCGAAGCAAACGAGAAAUUGGAGAAGUUGGAUCAAGAGAAGCAUGAGACAUUUCUGAAGUUGAAAGACGCAUUGAAGAAUGAAGCUGAGCUGAAGAAAGCCUCCACGUCGACACCGAUCACUCCGAUUACACCGAAAGCUCCAGUGAUUUCGAAUGAUCCACGAAUUGCGGCUGGUAUCAUCUCUGAGUCAGUGGUUCAACAAAUGACCUCAACGGCUUUUCUUCAGUCACCAGCUGGUUCAACAAGUUCUCAUGAUUCGGGCGAUUCGAAGAUGGACGUGGCCAAGCUGGGCUCUCAUGUCGGAACGAUACCUGCCUCUCAAGCGCUCCUCUCCCCCUCCAUACAGCAACAACUCCACGCGCUUUCGCAAUCCUCUUCUCCGCAGACUCAGCAGUUGUUAGGGCUUCUUGGCAAUCAACAACGUCAAACGGCCGCUCAACAAGCCAUAACAACUCAAGCGCAAUUGGUCGCCGCAGCGCAGGCGCAGCAUGUCAACCAAAUGUACUUGACUCAACAGCGAAGCCAGGGACAACAGAAAUCCCCGAUGCCGCCUCCGCCACCGCCACCCAGACAACCCCAAGGCGGAAACCCAUCAUUCACCGCUCCGCACGGCCGGCCGCGGGGGAACAGUGGAUCGAGUAAGAACCGACAGACGUUCAACCCAGCAAUUGGGCAAAAUCCAUCACGAAGCGGCUACACGCCGAGUCCGGCUGUCGAAAGUGCUACAUCUGCUUAUCUCAAAAAUCAGAUGGCGGCGAGCAGUAUGUUGACAAAAGGUUUCAACGCUUGGAAGGGA